GAUAGAUAGGUGGAAGGCAUUUGCCCAUCAAGCAAGAGAUCAAAACUACGAUUCUAUGACCUACUAAUCUAGAAUUAAGCAUCAGUUCAUAGACAGAAGAAAGAGAGGAGAAACCAUUAAUACCUAUGGCGAUUGGCAACCAAAAAGUAGAGAGUGGCGGGGACGUCAGCGGCGGGUUCAAGCUGGUGGGAUUCUCCAAUUUCGUGCGCACCAACCCAAUGUCGGACCGGUUCCGUGUGAAGCGCUUCCACCACGUGGAGUUCUGGUGUAGUGACGCCACCAACACCGCCCGCCGCUUCUCCUGGGGCCUCGGCAUGCCCAUCGUCGCCAGAUCCGACCUCUCCACCGGAAAUCUCACCCACGCUUCCUACCUCCUACGCUCCGGCGACCUCAACUUCCUCUUCACCGCUCCUUAUUCCCCCUCCAUCGCCUCAGGCGCCGGAAACAACCCCUCAAUCCCCACCUUCUCCCACUCCGCAUGCAACUCCUUCGCUGCCUCCCACGGCCUCGCUGUCCGCUCCAUCGCCGUCGAAGUUGAAGACGCCGAGGUCGCCUUCGCUGCCAGCGUCACCCACGGCGCAAAGCCCUCGUCCCCGCCGGUCCUCCUGGAAAACCGCGUCCUCCUCGCCGAAGUUCAACUUUACGGCGACGUCGUUUUGCGCUACAUCAGCUAUAAAAAGAACAACGAUGACAAAAACCUCACCCCACCUACUAACCCUGAUCCAGACCACUCAACUACUAAUAAUAAUCCCGCUGCUGAUGCUGGCUAUUAUUGGUUCUUGCCGGGGUUCGAACCCGUGGACGAAAUGUCAUCGUAUCCGUUAGAUUUCGGAAUCCGAAGGCUCGAUCACGCUGUUGGCAACGUGCCUGAAUUGGCGCCCAUGGUUGAAUACGUGAAGGGAUUCACUGGGUUUCACGAAUUUGCCGAGUUCACCGCAGAUGACGUGGGGACAACUGAGAGCGGCUUGAACUCUCUGGUUUUGGCCAGCAACGAUGAGAUGGUUUUAUUGCCCAUGAACGAGCCGGUUUAUGGGACCAAGAGGAAGAGUCAGAUACAGACGUAUUUGGAGCACAAUGAGGGGCCAGGAGUGCAGCAUUUGGCGCUUGUCAGCGAAGAUAUAUUUAGGACAUUGCGGGAGAUGAGGCGUCGGACUACCGUUGGUGGAUUCGAGUUUAUGCCAUCACCACCGCCUACGUAUUACCAGAAUUUGAAGAACAGGGCAGGUGGUGUGCUGACGGAUGAACAGAUUAAGGAGUGUGAGGAGUUGGGGAUUUUGGUGGACAGGGACGAGCAGGGGACCUUGCUUCAAAUUUUCACCAAGCCUGUUGGAGACAGGCCAACCAUAUUUAUAGAGAUAAUUCAGAGAGUAGGGUGUAUGCUGAAGGAUGAGGAGGGCAAGAUAUAUCAAAGGGGUGGUUGUGGUGGGUUUGGAAAGGGCAACUUCUCGGAGCUGUUCAAAUCCAUUGAGGAAUAUGAGAAGACUCUUGAAGCAAAAACCAAUUGCUGAAACAGCUGCUGCAUGACCAAAUCCUUAUAGUGCAGUUAAAGUAAAAUAAAGGCCAAUGUUGUUUCUGUUGAUCAAGUGUGUGGUGACAGGAAAACUUGGUAUAAAUGUAAUUUUUUAACAUUACUUGGUAUAAAGUGGAUGUUUCUAGAAUCACUGUUUGUGUUGUCAGUCAAACUCACUUGAUAUCUUCUUCACCUUCUACGGUAGAAGGUUGAGGGGGUUCAAGUCUGGGACAAGGUGUGCGUGAGUUUUUCUUCUUGCCAGGUAAUGUGCAGUUGGAGUGUAAAUUAUAAAAGUCAAAUCGUAUUUGAGGAUAA